GCAGAAUUGUGUUACUUAUUGUCGAAAAAUAGCCAUGUCUAGUGCAUCGGCGGUUUCUACUUCUCCUGGUGGUCCCGUGAGGAAUGUCAACUGGUACCGCCAGCUUUGGUGGAACACCGGUAACUUUCACCCCAAAGCUAAGUGGAAUGAGGCGACUUUACCAUACGAACUCAAGACUGAUGUGUCACUUGAUGAGUAUAUUUUUCAGACAGAUAAACAUAAUGUGAAGGGUCUUUGGGAAUGGGAAAAUGGAACCGUUCGUGUUAUCGAACUUCCUUCAAAAUUUCACGAAAUUUGUGUCGCUGAGAUAAUGAAGUCAUUGAGUGUAACACUUGAUCCUGUAAGAACUACCAAUUCCGAUCUUAUUUCUAUGGAGCAACGAGUGACAACAAAAACACCACAAAAAGGCUGUGAAGCGGAUGGGUCUAUUAUACCUAUAGGAAAACCUCACGGUGGAUCUGAUAAUGGAAAUGAACCCUGGCCCAGCCUUAUAGUAGAGAUCGCUUAUGCCGUAACCGAGGCGGAACUUAAGAGGAAAAUAGAGACUUACUGGCUCGCUCCAAAUAAAGUUCACGAUGCAAUUGACAUCAAGUUAAACUAUACACCGGGUGUGCGUCCAACGAAGAUGACGGCUUGGUAUUAUUGUAGAAAUAAACUAACACCCGUUGAAUUGACUGAAUCUAAUGUAUUCUCAAUUCAAUAUGAAUUCGGCACGGUUGACCGUCAAGGCAAUCCCAUCAACAUUGUACCGGGGCAAUACGUGAUCAAUAUCCCAUUGAGAUGCCUUUAUGAUGGGAUGUCACCUACCUUCAUGAUUCCCUCACCUCCUCUACCUGACCCUAUUCCCCUCGAUCUCUUUCAUGUUCGGUGGGCUGUUUUAAAUCGAAAUAUUUUGCAGCCAUCCGCUUGUCCAGAAUUAUCUCAACUAAAACAUAGCUCGACACAGGCCCCAGGGGGAGAAUUAGAAGAGUUGAUGACACCUCUAUUAUCAUGUGAUAUGAAAACCGUGAACGCUGUUCACGAUCAAGAAAAGACUUCACCAAAAGAAUCCGUACAAAUCAUAUCUCAAAAAUCUAUCGGGAAUUCAGCUGAAGCUAAUACAUACGUGCCAGGUGAAGUUGUACAAGGUUUGUUACAAGGAUUUUCGGUAAACUCUAUGAAAGGAGAAAUUAUUAAUAGUGAACCUUCAAAUUCUGCACCCGCUGAGCUUGCUCAUUUGUUAUAUCAGGCUA